AUCUGCAAAUGGGUGUGAGAGGGAGGAAUCUACAAGAGGAGUCAAUGAGUGGUUGGCAGUCUGUCUGAUGUAAAGGCGAAAGAAAGAAUGAGGAAAUGGGGAUACAAGAGCAGAGGAGGGACUGCCCAGGGACUGCAUCUGAACGCUUCAAACGAGAGUUCACUGACAGAAGGAGGUCACUGAAUUAUUAUCUGUACAGGUACCACAAUCAUGGCGCCAAUCAGCACAGAUCUAGUAGGCUGGGCGGUCACAGAGCAACCAGAGGCUGCAUUUCUCUCCGUAGUCGUCCUCUUCAUCGCUAGCAUUGCACUCCUCGUUCUCUGUGCAAGCUGUAAAAAACAUUCAUUUGAGUUAGACAACCGCAGCCCACCUGAGCAGCAGAAAUCAUCCACUCUUGUGAGCGUGGCAAAAAUGGAUGACUCGAGAGGUGCCAGACAAAACCCUAUUGCUAAUGACAUCACUGAAGAUGAAAUCGGUUUAGAGGCUGAGGAGGGCGGCGCUGCAUACAGACCCUGGAGAAGUCACACUCUCACUCACGGUUCAAGCCUACAACCUCAAAUAAACGGCGGGGUUGGGGCGACUAUCUGAGGAAGUAUGAGAAAAGUGGAGUCACUGCUGUAGGCAAAACACCACCGGCAUCUAUAUUACACAACCUGAAAUUCUCACAUUAAGCAAACCCCUUCGCUAUUUUGGAGAUCAAUGGUUUUUGUAUCCUUCUGAAGCUAAGCUGUGGCAUUGACUCCCAUAAGUGCCCAUCAAACUUUGAGACUACAGGAACUAUAGGAGCCCCCCGAUCUGUUGGACUGAUUCAGGCUUUUUAGACGGUUUCAGACAAGAACGGGAAGGGGAAGCCUGAUCUUCUGGCCACACCUGUAUUGACAAAUAGGGAUCUCCAUUCAGAGGGUCACAGAUUAAAUGCAACAUAAACACAAAAAUCAGGCGUCAUCUACAUCUGAAGAGGAGGGGGAAGUGUCGAACAUCAAUACCAUCAUGACCUAAAGAAUUUUUUUUUUUUAUCUUUUUCUAAUGAAGUUCAGUAUUGUGAAAUUAUUCUGUAUACAUAUUAAUUCUUAUUAGGGGUAUACAUACAUACAAAUAUAUAUAUAUAUA